CCACUUGUCGUAUAAAAACGAGGAGACUAUCUCGUGGGGAGUUUAGAUCGAGAGCUGGUAGCACUAUGCCAGGGCGUUGGAUUAUCUUCACAGCCAUUUCUUUGGCAAUUUUUAUUUACUCCCCGGCGGAGAGUAAAAACCAAACCUCAGAUACACUCUUAGAGGAAGGCGACAAGCAAUUGAACCUCAUCCUGCAAGCCAUCAACGAGCUGGAGCAUCAGAAGUGGAUUCAAAAGGGAAGCUCUCAUAACCCGAAUCAGAAUCAAAAUCAAAUCAAACAGAGGCCCAACAGCAAGCGAUUGAGGUGGAACCGGAGGCCAGUCCAGCCAGAUCCCGAGGAGAUCGAUGAGGUCGAGAGCCGAGGCGUUGGAGGUUACUCCUCCUCGUAUACGAAUCCUGCCAAUCCCACCUACCUUGAUGUGGACAAUUUUGGGCCAACCCCAGCUCCAUGGUGGUUUAAUUAGUUUCUAGUGGGGGACUACACUGUAAAUAAUAUUGUAAUCUUUUUUUUUAUAGAAUAACAUAUGAUUUAAUAUUAAAUUUAAUAAAAUUUGCAAAUAAUUGUAACCAUGGCGUAUACGUAAUAUGCAGAAAAAUCACGUAUACGCCUGUUUGGUUCAUGGCCUCUAAAAAUAAUAACGUA